GGCGAAUGAGAGUUGACGAUGAAGGCGGUGGUCCGCUUGACGUCGGCGUCGGAGCCCGGUAUCAGCCAGUGCACAUCAGCGGAUGGCAAGAGUCUCCAUCUGCCGUCCGCUCAUCAGCGGACGGCCAGCGACGUCGACAGGUGAUAGUUGGAUAGAUGAAUGCUCAUGGCCGCGUUCGUGCACGUGUGGCCUUGUUGUUGUUGGUAUGCAGGUAUGACUUUGACCGGAUAUACAAGCCCUCGACGGACCUGGAGGUGCUGUAUCAAGAUGGUGUGGCGUCGCUUCAGCAGUUUGCACACAAAGGGGAGGUGAGCACAUCUUUUCCAUCCAUCCAUCCAUCUGUGCCUUGAUGCCUGUCAGCACAACGCUAUCAUCCUUAUCGGCCCGCCGGGGCAGGACAGGGUGAUGAGAAAAAAGAAAGACGGCACACACAUCCCUCCCUCCGUGCAUCGCAAUGCUUGUCCUCUCCUUGCACAGGGAUGGUUCGUAGAGGGCCAGGAUGGCAGCGAAGGGCCAGGUAAAAAGGCCGUACUGACAUUCCUCUAUCAGCGUUUCAAUUGCAUUCAUUCCUCCUUGUUUCCGUCAAGGUUUGUUCCGUCGGUGCCUGCAAGGCCUCAUAUCCGAAUCGCAAACACAACAGACCGACGCACCACUCACCGUCACACUCACAUGGUCCGCCAGCACACCACAACACACAGCGCAAUGAUGCACGGACACUCCAGAUGCCGCCCUCUCUAUGGUUCUGUCUGUUAGGUGUGGUUUCGUUGGCGAGCGCAUUGUGGACAUUCUGGCGUCUCUCAACACGCAGCGGCCGCAGGGCCGCCUGCAGGUGGUGGAGGAUGCGCAGAGGGGCACGGUGGUGGAGGGCCUAGAGGAAUACCUCGUAGACGACCUGGACGCCAUCAGCGGAGCAUUCGCCAGUAAGCAACGUGGAAUAAGAGGUGCUGCAUACCAUUGCUCGGCAUGUCGUCUGGUGUCAAUAUUCAUUCAACUUAUUGCAGAUGUCCGUGAGGUGAGUGCGCUGGGGCACUGCAGCCAUCACGUGCUGACCAUUCACGUGUACAACCCCUCGGGCACUCGGAGCCAACAUGGGUCGCUGCGGUUCGCAUCUAUAGGAGAGGUCAGUCAGCCAGGCAGGCAGGCAGGCAAAGGGGUUGGCUUCUUGUAGGGUCUUUGCUCACACAGCCAUGCUGUUCUGUCUGUCCUGCAGCAAGGUAGUGGUGCUGAGGAGUUCAGCUCAUGUGAGCUUCCUCCGCCGUAUCUGUAUGAGUCCCAGACGCCCCCAUGGGCGUGUCUGCUGGCUGUCAUCCCCUCCAUCGCCCCCGACCUGCCCAUCCCGCCCAUCCCACUCACACACCCACUCACGAGGCUGCUCACAAAAUGGUCAGCAAAAUCCCACAACACGCGCAAGACUCCAGGGCACAUGAGACUGUCUUCCUGCCUUUCUGCCUGCGCGGCGCCUUCCUCUUCAGUUUCAGCGGCGGUUAUCGGACUCUUCUGAUCGUGUCGGCCCCUGACAGCCUCGCUCAGCUCCCCCGUAGCGCCCCGCUCCUCCGGGCGGGUGCAGCCCUCCGUCUCGCAUACCGAAUGCGAACACACGCCCGCCACCACACCGCCAAGGACCGACGCCCCAAGCCAGCAAAGGAGCAGCCGGCGGUCCACAUGGCUUCGUCGAGCCAGAGCGAGACCGUGCAGCAGACGGACGUGACGUCAUGUCUGUCGACCGCAUCUGAGGACGUCAUGAGUCGAGAUGGCGCCAAGGGGCCGAGGGGGGAGGACGGGAGGGCUAUCGGGGGAAGAGGCGAGGGAGAGGCGUCGACGCAGCCGGCUGUCGUCGGUGGGGCUGAGGAGAUAGCAUCUGGCCAUCGGUUCCUGAGGACGGAGGUGGGGCGUAGAUUUCGCGUGGGGACGAUUGAGACAGUUUCGCCAAAGAAAGAAGACCGCACACGGCCAGAGCAGGAGGGGGAGGAGUGCGACAAAGGCGGCCAGCAACCAUCGGAAGCGGCCAAUCAGACGGCGAGCGACACCCCAGCUCCCGUGCCGCAAUACGUGCUGCCCCCACGGCCGCCAUCUGAGUCAAGAACACGUCUCCCUCUCGGCCCUCCCAUCCCCAAGAGCCCCAGCUCUCCCGCGCAGGGAGACGCCCUGCUGGCCAGUGUGCAUCGGCUGAUCAAGAAGCACGAUGCCGCCUACAGCCCCCACCACCAGAUACCCCUCACGCCACCCGUCAAGAGCAAUGGUGAGGACCAGCCCAUUGGGCCCAAGCCCAGGAGCCGGCUGUCGCUGCCGGUCGCCAGGGGAGUGGAUUUCACUGCACAUGAGGAGCAAGGUGGAAAGGAGACAUGGCCAGUGGUGGACAACGGCGGCCCUGUGAAGCUGCAACAGGGGACCCCUUCCAUCCCACUCACUCCCCCCACCCUGCGCGACGGUCGACGCUUCUCCUCUCCCCCUCUCCCUGACGAGGCGGCCCAUGGUGCCCAGGAGCCACCGAUGUUUGCUCAGCACGGUGCCCUCCUGCCAAGCAUGCCCGCUUUCACCUAUUCUGGUGGUGAUGGCGGGACAGCAGGGGCGUAUGCACGGCUGGUAGAAGCUGCUACUGCAAAGGGGCCCAAGGGGGAUGAGGGCGGGUCGGAGAGGGCGGUAGAGGACGUGCUGCCCAAGGGCGCCCGGCUCCUGCGGGCGGCAUCGGCUGACGGGUAAGUGCUGGCCUCAUCUGUUCAUGUGUCGAUAGCAAUUGUAUCCGUGUCAUUGUUUCAUUGUAUGUGUGUGUCAGUCGUCGGUCUCUGCCCCGCACGUAUGCCGACUUCCAGAGGAGCAGCCCAGUGGCGUCUCAGGCCUCAUCCACACCGCCCAAGGACGCACCAAGAGCACUUCCCAGACCCAAGACAGCUGCCCCACCCAAGUACACCAAAAAGCCUGCCUGCCACGUUCCAUCACCCGAUUGCUCUCCUUUGUCUGCGUGCAGGGCUGUGGUGUCUCCGAAGGUGACGCCCUUCGUGCCUCCUGGGUGGCAUGUGCGGAGCACGGAGGGACGGACAGGGCCGCCAUCGUGGUGACACAGACAGCAAAGGAUAAAAGGUGAUGGCAUUGCGUCCUUGUGUUGGUUUGUGCAGCGCUUCGAGUGUAGUGGAUGAGCUGCCCAAGCGUCGCGCGAGCGUGGGAGGGAACGACGCCGCCAAACGGAGUGCGUCCAUCGGACCUGUGGGCGUAAGGCAAACACAUCACCGUCGCAUCACCGCCGGUACUGCGAUCUUCAUCUGUUUGUGUGUGGCUAUCAGUUGCCGCCGCCCAAGGACACCAAGGCGGAUCUGAAGGCCCAGCUGGCCAAGGCACACAAGGAGUUGAAGGAGUUUCAUACGUACAAGGAGGCCAUGGAGGCCACACUCACAAGAACCAACACACAGGUGACUUCUUCACAGACGCGACGCGACCCUCCACACAUGAUCACUCGUCUGUCUGCCUGCCUGUCUGUCUGUCUGUCUGUCUCCCUCAUAUGCAGCUGAAGGCCACCCGGCAGAGUCUGCAGGCAGUGCAGAAGCAGGUAGGCUGACGAGCGAUGGCAGCUGUCAAAUCAGUUUGCCCCGAACGCAUUCACGUGCCCUGGCCUCUCUGUCAGGUGCAUGAGAAGGGCAUCGCAGUUCGCCGGCUGACCAAGGGCAUCCAGGACAGAGACAAACACAUGGCCGCACUCAAACUGGAGGUCAGGGGAACAAAACCAAUCACGCUCCUUCCCUUGGCCAACGAGGGUCCUUCUGUCUCGUGUGUAUGGGUGCAGUUGGAAGAGAAUCUCGUUCUCCAACAGAAGAUAGAGCGAGCGGUCAGCCGACAGCAGGCACAGAAGCUGCUCACGCCAUGACUUGUAUCCUCUACUCUCUCCCAUGAAGGCCCAAGCUGAGAUAGGGACCCUCCGUCGCGAGAAGGAUGCCCAGAUACGGCAGCUUCGCGAGCACCUGGCAUCCCAGGGCCAAGACGUAGCGGAGAGGGAGGCCGCACUCGAGGUGCCCCGCGCACAAAGGGCAACCAGGAGAGGCACUGUGGCCACCGCCGGUUCUUGUCAUUUUUGUUGGUGCAGGGUGAGCAUGCGUCUCGGCAGGAGAUGGUCGUGUCGAUGACGGUGCAGAUCGACCGACUUCAGAAACAAAACCAACAGCUCAUGGUGAGACGAAUGGAAGAGCCGCCUACAGGAGGGGCAUUGCUGAUCUCUUCAUGCGCCCAUUCUGCCCUGUAGGCCGCUCUCCACAUCCGAGAGCAACAGCUCAAGUAAGCAUACUAGAUGGCCCAUCAGUACAAUGAUGGAAUGCGCAUUUCUGUUACUUCAGUUGGCAGCAGACGAUGUCUCAGUAUCUGCACGACCAGGUACAUGCCCUCAAGACGGGCCAGCCAGCCCCACCAUCCCCUGCAUUCCCGGCACCGCCAUCGCUCCAUGGCUUGCCCUCACACUCCAAACUUCCAAUCGCCUCUCUGCUCGACGUAAGACCAGAACAAUCCACAAAGGAUACGGCAUCUUAGUGUCUCCUGUACGGCUUUCAGGUGGACCAAGAGUUGUCGGGUAUAGCUGCGCCUGUCGACCCCACGCUUUCCCACUCCCACUACUCCCGUCACAGCACUCCCGCGGGCCGUCGGGCGUCCCUCCCAGCCAGCCGCAGACCAGCAGUCGCCAAAGUGCCCCUGCCACCAGCAGGGCCCAGCAAUCUCAUCCCAUCAGCAGCCGCCCGCCGAUCGGUCACUCCAUCUGCUGCUGCAUCCAAGAGAGCCAUUCCUCCGGCAGCAGCCAAGGCCAAAGGGGCAGCGGGGAAGGCCACGGCGGCCGCUCGAUCCAAAUCUGUCGGUCCAGCUGCGCGGCGAGCUGCGUUGAGGGCGGGAGGGAUGCGGCCGGCUUUGCCGAGGGACAUUCCGGUGCAGGUGCUGGUGCCUCCAGUGCGGCAGAUGGGGCCAUCCGUAGAGGCGCCAUCCCACCAAGACGAACGAGCGGAGAGUGCCGAAGCGGCUGGAGCAGAGCGAGAGGAUUACCUGGCAGCAGAUCAGCCUGUUGCUGCCCUCCCCCCUUCUGCGGCGAGUGUGAUCGAGGCGCAUCCCCUCGUCCCACCAAUUGUCGUCGGCUCGGGCACCACGAACAUCAGCGGCGCAACACAAGCCAGCGCCACCCAGACGACCGGCGCCAACACGCCCCAGGCCGCCGCCCCGUCUCUGCCACCAGUCCCUCACGGCCAGCCUUGCCCUGUAGCUCUUGCAGUGGAUCGGUCCGCAAGUCCCCCACCCCUUUUGUUUCAGCGAGUGGACACCUACACCCAGCCGCGGAUGGAGGUGAGGCUCACGCCACGAGGGCCGCCCAGAGAGAAUGACGAGGGGAACGGGAGGGAGGGUGGGUCGGCUCGCGACCUUGCGCGUGAGAUGCCCGACUCAGGGGGAUCUCCGCUGUCUGAGCGGCGGGCCAUGCGGAAGAGGGAGAUGGCCAUGGCGGCAGCACAGAGGGCUGCUGGUGGGGAGCUGAGUGAGGCGGGAGGGAAGGACAAUGGCGAGGCGUAUCGCACCAGAGAUGUCGAGGACAUGGCGCUCUGAUGCAUGCUCGUGACUGAUGAAUCAAUGCGUG